GGGACAGGAGGGGACACGGGGGUGACGCGGGGACAUCGGAAUCUGGAAUUUGGGGACACGGAGGGACAUCGGAAUUUGGGGACGCGGGGGUGGCACCGGAAUUUGGGAGUGGGGACAGGGGGGGACAGAGGGACACGGGAUUUGGGGACAGAGGGACACGGGAUUUGGGGACAGAGGGACACGGGAUUUGGGGACAAGUCGGGAAUUUCUUGGGGAAUUUUUUGGGAAUUUUUUGGGAAUUUUGGGGACAGGAGGGGACGAAGGACAGGAGGGGCCGCGGGAAUUCGGGGACAACCUGGGAAUUUGGGGAUAAUUUGGGAAUAAUUUGAGAAUAAUUUACGAUUUUGGGAUAAUUUGGAAAAAAUUGGGGAAAUUUGGGUAAAUUUGGCAUAAUUUUGAACAAUUCGGGAAAAUUUGGGGAUCUGGGGACAAAUUCCCCACCCGGGGUCCCCAAAUGGGGGGAGGGGACCCCAAAAAGGUCCCCAAAACGGCCCCGGAAGUGACGUAACGCCACAACGAGGCCACGCCCACCCCGCUGAGGCGCUGACCAAUGAGGAGCCUCGGCCACGCCCACAAGGGGCGGGGCCAGGGGAAGAUGGCGGCGCCCGUGAAGGAUCGGGAGGCGCUGCAGAGGCUGAACUUCCUGUUCCAGGCGGCUCACUGGUGCCUGCCCCUGUGCCCGGGGCUGUCGCGGUUCCUGCUGCGCACCCAGCGGGCGGCGGCGCGGCGCCUCGUGCUGCGGAUGGCGCCCUCGGUGAAGCGCCGCCUGUGCCGCGGCUGCUGCUCCCUGCAGGCGCCGGGGGAGGGGAGCAGCGCCCGCCUGCGGGGGCGUGGCCAGCCCCGCCUGGUCCUGCGCUGCCUCCGCUGCGGCCGCGGGCGGCGCUUCCUGUGCCCGCCCCGGCCACGCCCGCCCCGGCCACGCCCACCCGCGCAGGACACGCCCACAGGCCCCGCCCCCGCGCUCUGACCGGCCAAUCAGCUCUGCAGAAAUAAACCCUUUAUUCCAUAUAUGGUCAUGCGAGGAUCCGCGCGCUCUGAUUGGCUCCUCCCCCGGGAGGGGGCGUGGCUCAGCACUCGUC